UUGGGUGAGCGAUGAGACGAAAGAUUGAAAAUCAGAGUAAUGAGAUCUUCUUCAUGCGAUCGGUUGCAGGAAGCUUUGUUGCAGUGCCAUCGUCGGAUGCCGGAAGGGCCGGCGCGGAGGUCUGGAUGCAGACAUCUGAACAAAGCGUUGGCGGAGUGCGUGGUGGGGGAGGCUUGCCCUGAGGAAUAUGAGGCGGUGAGGUCGUUCUGCUCAAGCGGGGGAACCAGCCUGAAGCGGAAACAGUGCGAGGAGGCUCAGUUCUCACUUUCUCUCUGUCUUUCUCGCCAUCAGCGAGACUUUGAGCAGCAGCAGCAGCCUUAGUUAACGAGAGAGAGAGGAUGAAUUGGCAUUGUUGGAUCUGGUGAGCUUGGAAUUAGGGUUUAGUGAAUUUCGAUUGAAUAUUUGAUCUCUUCAGCUUUGUGUUUGUGUGUGUUGAGGGAAGCUUUUACCACAUCCAAAUGGUAGAGAGUGUGAAGAAUAAUUUUAAGAGAGGAUCAAAAGUUGAGCUGCAAAGUAAUCCUUUAGAUUGGUGUGAUGUUAUAUAAAUUGGAGGGAAAUCAAGAAUCUAGUGUGGUGGAUUGCAAUGAAACUUUCAAUCUGCAAUGAUUGAGUCUUGUAACGGUAUUCAGCUCUGUAGUUGGGGAUGAUGUUGCUUUCUGAUGGAUUUGUAUGAUUAGAAUAUUACAAACAUUGCUGCUUCGGUCUUGUGUAAGUAUUAGAAUCAAAGAGCUUUACGCUCGCUCUACUACGAAUGUACGAUCACAGGUCUAUUGUUUACUGUGAUACGUUUUGUUCUCCAUUGUUGGGAGAGAGAGGAUGAAGAAGAAACUUCAUUGUAUCCUCCUGCACUACAUAGUAUUUUGAUUCCUCAUGUCGUAUUCUAGAUUUUACACUGCAAAAAUUCAAUAUUUUCAGAUAAACACUUGUUUUUUUUUUCC